AAGAGUAAGGUUAAGCGCCAUAAACUGAUGCAAGUAGGCGCCCUAUCAAAAAGAAUCACGGAAGCUUGCCAAAGUGUCGAGAAAGUUGUUACUUCAAAGGUUUUGUUUCCCAUUCUUAAGAGUGUUAGGAUAAAUGUCGAGACGAAGAGCUCAUUUAAUGGCCAUAAACGACUUUAUAGAAUCAGGUAA